AUGGACACCUAUGCAGAACACAAAAAAGUGAAUCAAGAAGAAUAUCAGGUGUCAGAUGGUGUCGUCUUGGUGGACCCAGAAUACUUAAAAGAGCGGAAAGUUUUUGUGACGUUGACCUGCGCUUUCCGUUACGGCCGCGAGGACCUGGACGUGCUGGGCCUCACCUUCCGCAAGGACCUCUUCGUCUCCAAUGUCCAGGCUUUCCCUCCAGUGGCCGAAGAGAAGAAGCCGCUGACGAGGCUGCAGGAACGGCUGGUGAAGAAGCUGGGGGAGCAGGCGUACCCCUUCACUUUCGAGAUCCCACCCAACCUCCCCUGCUCCGUGACGCUGCAGCCUGGCCCAGAGGACACCGGGAAGGCUUGCGGGGUGGACUACGAGGUCAAAGCCUUCUGCGCGGAGAAUUUGGAGGAGAAGAUUCACAAGAGGAACUCCGUGCGCCUGGUUAUCCGGAAAGUCCAGUAUGCGCCCGAGCGGCCUGGCCCGCAGCCUAUGGCCGAGACCACCCGGCAAUUCCUCAUGUCCGACAAACCCCUCCACUUAGAAGCAUCGCUGGAUAAAGAGAUCUAUUACCACGGGGAACCCAUCAACGUUAAUGUCCACGUGACCAACAACACCAACAAGAUGGUCAAGAAGAUUAAAAUCUCAGUUCGCCAGUAUGCCGACAUCUGCCUGUUCAACACUGCCCAGUAUAAGUGUCCGGUGGCCGUGGAGGAAACCGACGAUGUGGUGGCCCCCAGCUCGACCUUUUGCAAAGUCUACACCUUGACCCCUUUCCUGGCCAACAACCGGGAAAAGCGCGGGCUGGCUUUGGACGGGAAGCUGAAACACGAAGACACCAAUUUGGCUUCCAGCACUCUGUUGAGAGAAGGCGCCAACAAGGAGGUUCUGGGGAUCAUCGUCUCCUACAAAGUGAAAGCCAAGCUGGUGGUCUCUCGAGGGGGCGAUGUGGCCGUGGAGCUGCCAUUCACCCUGAUGCACCCUAAACCCAAGGAAGAGUUGUUGCAAAGGGAGGCGCCCGAAAAUGAAGCUCCCAUCGACACAAAUCUCAUAGAACUUGACACGAAUGACGAUGACAUCGUCUUCGAAGAUUUCGCCCGGCAGAGACUCAAGUGCAUGAAGGACGAGGAAGAGGAGGCCGACGGGACGAACUCAUCACCGCAGCUGAAUGACAGAUAAACUGCCCGCCUUCCUCCUCCUCCUCCCCCUCCCCCAUUUCCACUCCGAGCGUCCCGGCACUCCCCCUACUCUUUUCUAUCAGUUUUUGGAAUUGCGUUGUUUUUAAACACGUCGACUGGGAGCCUGUAGAGGGGGUGGGUGGGAAUGCAACGCCCGCCCCCUCCUCCUGCAAACACCCAAGGCCGCCGUCCGGUUUGAAUAUUGCAGACGGACGGAGGGGGUCUAAGAAGGGAGCUGCGUUGUCGAGCGCCACGCUUAGGGCAUGUGUGUGGGCGUGCAUGUGUGUCUCUGUGUGUGUGUGUCUGUGUGUGUGUGCUGGGAAGGGUGAUUGUAUCAGGACACGGAGGGUCCUUGGUGCUCUCUGAGCUUGGUAGUUUUCUUGCAGACGUUUCAUGACCCAACUAGCGAACAUCA